UAGAUCUCGUGCAGUUCUUUGAGAGUUAAAAAAUAGUCGCGGUCAAAUUCGUGAAAGAAAAAUGUUUAAACUGUAUUUUCUUCUUUCCGUCGGUUUAAUGUUAAUACAAGUCAGCCUGGCUUGCGAUGAGGAAAAUCAAUUAGUCAGACAUCAGCAAUCCGACGAGUACUUGGCCAGCACUUACGAAUUCAAUCCUAAUCUAGGGAUGUUUCACCCUUUGGCUUAUUACGAGUCAGGCGCUCGUGUUCCAGAGUUUUACGCCAGUCCUUAUGAGGGACGAACCCCCUUCACUAAAAGGCCCACGAUCCAAUCUUUCAAGAAACAAUUGAAUAAUCGCCCAGAAGAAAAUAACAAAGCGGAAGGCCGUUUCGUACUGGGUAGUUUGGGCGCCAAUUUGAUCAACACGGGCCUAUUCAACAACCGUUUCACUCCGGCCAAUACGUGGAGGCCCUUCUCUAAUUAAGCCAACCGGAUUC